AUGGCAAAGGCGAAGGUUGUGUUCGUGAUGGGCGCGACGGGCACCGGAAAGUCUCGUCUCGCCAUCGACCUCGCCCUCCGCUUCGGCGGUGAAGUCGUCAACUCCGACAAAAUGCAAAUCUAUGACGGCCUCCACGUCAUCACCAACAAGGUCACCGACGAGGAGCGCCAGGGAGUCCCCCACCACCUCCUCGGCGGCUUCCCGCCCGACGCCGACUUCACCGCCGGAGACUUCCGCGACGAGGCCACUCGAGCCGUCGAGUCCAUCACCCUCCGCUGCCGCCUCCCCGUCAUCGCCGGCGGCUCCAACUCCUUCAUCGAGGAGCUGGUCGAGGGCGCCGACCGCCAGUUCCUCCGCCGCUUCGAGUGCUGCUUCCUGUGGGUGGACGUCCACCCGCCGGUCCUGCACCGGUUCCUGGGGGAGCGGGUGGACCGCAUGGUGGCUAGCGGGCUGGUCGACGAGGUGCGCGCGCUGUUCGACCCGGACGUCGUCGCGGACUACUCCCGCGGGGCCCGAAGGGCCAUCGGCGUGCUGGAGAUGGACCGGUUCCUCCGCGCUGAGGCGGAGAACGCCGAAGAGUCCGUCAAGGCGGCGCUGAUGGAGGCGGCAAUCGACGAGAUCAAGGCGAAGACGUGCGAGCUAACGUGCUGUCAGCUUCAGAAAAUAAACCGCCUGUGCGGCUCGUUCGGGCGGCGCGUGCGGAAGGUCGACGCCACCGACGUGUUGGUGAAGGGACGGGCGGCGGCGGACGCGGCAUGGGAGGAGCUCGUUGUCGGCCCGAGCGUCGACUUUGUUGCCGAUUUCUUGCAGCGCGAAGAGUCGCCGGAGGCCGAGAAGCAGCAGUUGGGCGCGACGUUGACUAAUGAGCCCGUUGCAUAA